AUGAAGGCCUGCCUCCUGUCGCUCGUCGCCGCCUGCGCGCUGGAGCCGCCGGCGCUGCCGCGGCCGCCGACCAUCAGCGCCGCCUUCGACAGCGGCAACGUCGAGGUCGUCGACGUCGCCUGCGGCGACGGCGGCCACGAGUUCCGCCUCAAGAUCCGGCCCGACGCCUACACGCGCUUCACGGACGAGACGGCCCACUUCCAGUGGUUCCACUUCCGCGCGUCGGGCGUCCGCGACGCGCGGUGCCGCUUCAAAUCGUCACCGUCGUGCUUGGUAGGCGACGCGAGUUACACGCCCGGCUGGGAGCACUACAAGACCGUCGCCUCCUACGACCGCGAGGACUGGUGGCGCGUGGCGUCGACGACCUACGACGGCGGCGAGCUCGCCUGGGAGCUGACGCCGGAACGAGACAGCGUCUGGUUCGCGUACUUCGCGCCCUACUCCUGGGAGCGGCACGAGCGCGUUGUCGCGGAGCUGUCCGCGCCCGGCGCGCUCGGCGUCCAUUCGGUCAUCGGCGAAACGCUGGAGGGACGGCCGCUGGACAUGCUCACCUUCGGGGACGGGCCAGUGACGCUCUGGGCGACGGCGCGGCAGCACCCCGGCGAGUCCAUGGCCGAGUGGUGCGCCGAGGGGUUGAUGCGGUUCCUCAACGACCGCGACGAUCCGCUCUCGCGGCAACUGCGGCGCUACGCCACGAUCCGCGUCGUGCCGAACAUGAACCCGGACGGCGCCGUCGCCGGGUACCUCCGGACGAACGCGGGCGGCGCGAACCUGAACCGGGAGUGGGCGUCGGGCGUCUACCCGAACUACGACGCCCCGACGCUGGAACGGAGCCCCGAGGUCUACCACGUGCUCAAAGCCAUGGACCACUUCGGCCUCGACGCGCACGUCGAUAUCCACGGCGACGAGGCCAUCGCCGCGAACUUCUUCGCGGGCACGGAGGGCAUCCCCAAGUGGGACGACUCCCUAGCACACCAACUCGCGACGCUCUCCGACGCGCUCCUCCGCCGGUCGCCCGACUUCCAGGUCGGGCUGGGCUACCCCGUCGACGCGCCGGGCGAGGCGAACAUGGCCGUGGGCUCGAACGCGGUCGCGCAACGGUACGGCGCGCUGUCCGUGACGCUGGAGAUGCCCUUCAAGGACACGUCCACGCCCCUCGACGCGGCCAACGAGCGCGACGGCUGGUCGCCGGGCCGCGCGGCCGCGUUCGGCCGGGCGCUCGGCGCCGCGCUGCUCGACGCGCUGCCCGUCGUGGCCGACGCGCGGGGCCGGGCGCUCCCCGACGGCGCCGCGCCGCCGCCGCGGAAGACGGGGGGCCUGGAUGCGCGCGGCGGCGCGUCCGUCGUCGACCUCGCGCGGUCCCUCGACGACGCGCGGGACCACGAGGCGGUCGCCGCGCUCCGCGCGCUCGACGCGCUCCCCGUGCCGCCCAAGGCGACGAUCAAGACCAUCGCGCGCCACUUCACGAAGCUCCGCAAGCACGCGAACCCGGCCGUCGCCGGCGAGGCCAAGGCCCUCAUGGCCAAGUGGCAGAAGGAGGCGAAGUAG